AUGGCAACUGAAGACACCGUCGACCUGAGCGCAUCGCACGCGCCCCAGCAAGCAUCCCUCGAAGCAUUCACCUCCAUCCUCGACACCGUGAAAAGCGAACUCCUCAAACUCCGUCGCGACCAUGACAAGCACGAACCCGAAUACUUCCGCGCCAUCUCGCACCUCUCCGACAGCGACCUCGCAUCCUUCACCGCCGACGACCUCGAAUCCGUUCGCGUAGCCGUAACAGCAUACGGUCUGCAUCUGCUCGGCAAAAUCAAACUCCCCGCGUUAGACAACGGAUACAUUCACAUUCGCAUCUUUGGAUCUGCAAAAGAUGGGACAGAUGGAAGUAGUCUUGACGAGAGGGAGUACAGUUUGCACAGUAUACAUACGGAGGAGGUGCUCAAGGAGGAUGGAGACAGGGUUUAUAGAGCGGUAUUCGGGAAGGAGGAUGAGUUGGAAUGGUUUGAGACUUGA